UUGACUUUAAAAUACAAAGGUAGUGUAAUUACCAGAGAGGAAAUAGUCAACGUGAAAGAAAACUCUGUCCUUAUAGUGGAGUGUACGUCUUCGUUCGGUCGACCACUACCCCAUAUAGAAUGGUUUAGAUAUUCAAAUGGAAGCACACUGUCAGACAAAAACUUAAUUGGAGAGGUUUAUGCGAGUGAUAUUGCAGUAUUACGGUACAACACAUCAAAAGACGAUAACGGUGUGAGCAUUGGCUGUGUUGCAAGUAACAGGAGAAAUUUCAGUGUAACAUCUAAAACGAUAAACCUGAAUAUUUUAUAUCCCCCUGGUAUCGAUGAGAUGAAAAACUACAGCGUAGCUGAAGGCUCCACGUUUAGAAUUCUAUGUCCAGUGUUACCAGGAAAUCCUACUAGUCAAACGCUACAAUGGAAAAGUGAAGGAAAUUACACAAUGGCAACCACUGCGGUGUUGUCAAUUUCAAAUGUGUCCCGAGAAAAUAACAUGAUGUACAUUUGCAUUUUGACUUACAUGAUGAAACCUACCGGCAGUGAUAUCGAAGAAGUAGGGGAAGUUAGUAAAACGUUUUACCUGAGAGUCCUUUACAGAACAAUCAUCACAAAAUUUACCACCAACGACCUUCAAACCGGCACAGUUGUAGUCAGUUACUACGACACAGUGCAAUUAACUUGUGUUGUUGAUAGCAAUCCCGAUUCAAAUAUAUCAAUUUUGUUCAACGAAACAAUACUUGAACAAACAGCCAAAAGUAAACGACUUACCUUCAAUAUGAAAAAGGCUGAUUGUUCUAAUGCUGGUGUGUAUACUUGUAUUGGAGGCAACGAGUACAACUAUGGCAACAUGGCUCGUGCUAAUCUGACAGUGUUUGUGAAAUGUAAACCUAGACCGUCUGUAGUAUUAAGGCAAAUACAAACUGUUAAAAGUGCUUUAAAUAUGCCGGCAAAAUUAACUUUUACUGCUGCAUCGUACCUUGACCCAGGCAAAACAAGUUUUAUUUGGAUGAGACAGCGAGGGCUUACUUUGAUGCCGCUCGAUGAUGAUAAAAAUAUAAUUAUAACUACAAUAGGCCUGCAAUCCAGUCUGACGAUCAUCAGUGCUACACACACUGACUCUGGAAACUAUUUACUAAUAUACAAAAAUUCGGUCGGAAGUAGUAACUUUACCUUCAAACUAAUGGUAACAGCUUCAUUGCCUCGUCCUGGAGCUUAUGGUGAUUCCUCAAACACUGGAGCUUUUGUGGCUGUUGGAGUUGGUACUUUCGUAACAACCCUUAUUAUUGUUGGCAUUGUUUUUAUCGUGAAUAGACGACUGAGACGGAGGUCAACACUAAGCACACAAAGCCAUGCAGUUGAAACACAUCCCGAUAAACAGACAACAAAUGCAAACACGAAAGAUUAUCAUAAUAUAAACGAAUACGAACUGAUCCAAGUGUCUAAAGAUGUUACAGACAGAAAAGGAAAUGUUGUUGGAUGCCAAACAGGAACAAGUACAGAAACAGAUUCUUCGAUGCAAUACGAGUCAAUAGAUAACAGCAAAAAGGACAGAAAUCAGUACUGUCAGCUUCCAGCUACGCGUGAAUCUCAAACCAAUGUCGCUAGUGAAACGACUGAUCAAAUAAUAUUGGACAAUGACAAAUCAAACUCAUCUUCAGAAUAUAUAAAUAUGAGAAUACAAAUGUAAUUAUCGCAUUUGUUCAGUUAGUUUUUUUUGAUAGCAUGUUACGUAUUUUCAGAGUUUUCAAUACCAUGAUUGUUCUGCAAUCACAAAAAUGCACUAAAGAAUAUUAUAUACCAUUUUCAAAUGCGCUGAUGUAAUUGGUUGAAAGAGGUGCACGCGCGGGUCCGCAAAAAGCGAUAUUGACCAGCAAAAGUGAUAAUGACUCUUAGGAUGUUACUUUUUCUUAUGUGUACGAAAUACGGGCCAGUCAAAUGAGUGCAUUUGAGAAUGGCAUAUAAUAUAAAAAUUACAGACUUCGGUCAAUAUGUGUUUUUACGGACCUGUAAACUGCGUCCUCGGUCAAUAUCAUUUUUACAGGUCCGUUAAAACACAUAUUGACCGAAACAUAAGUCAAUAACUGUAUAUUAUUUAUUUAGACCUAAAUAAGGAUUAGUGUUUGUCUGAGAUAGAGGAAAUGUGAUCGAUGUAGUUUAAUAUCGAUCGAUGUGGGUUCGAGCCUCACUCGGGGCGUUGAAUUCUUGAGGAAGCCAUCCAGCUGGCAUACGGAAGGUCGGUGGUUCUACCCAGGUGCCCGCUCGUGAUGAAAUAAUGCACGGAGGGGCACCUGGGGUCUUCCUCCACCAUUAAAGCUGGAAAGUCGCCAUAUGACCUAUCAUGUGUCGGCGCGACGUUAAAUCCAACAAAAAAAAAACAAGAAAAACAAAAAAAAAAGUUUAAUGUCGAAGUAUCUUCAACCAACAGGUGCAAUAUUGUCAGGAGUGAUGCAGCCCAAAUGAAAAUAAAAGGAAUGCUGAUCACGAGUGAAACAUGAUUUGAUCGUACGACUUUUCUGUUUAUUUCAUAUAUUUCAAUGGUUUUAACGGUUUUAUCAAUUUCACCAGCGUAACGUUAAUAUCAUGGGCAACAUGAUGACGUCAGAGCAACAUCAUGGUGUCACAGUUUUCAUGUGGGAAAAGGUUAAAUAAUUCUUGUAGUCUAAGAUCUAUACUAUUGACUAGUGUAUUAAUAUUCUACUUUAUCACAUGUUUGACGUCGCGGGAGUGUAAUUAAGCCAUUACUUAAAAUUGAUAAUACGCUAGUGAAAUAAAGCUUGUCUCGUAUUUUACCCCCAUACAUGUUAUAAAGUAUUGUAUAAAUGAAGCACAAACAGAUUCCUUGUCGAAACAAUAUAAUAAUUCAACAAUGGUAUCAAAUGAAGCAAGUCAACUUGUCCAAUAAACAGAAUAAAUUCAAAACAUAUUUCAAACAGUUCCUGAUAAUCUAUCAGAACAUAUAAGGUAAUGGUUUACAUAAAAUGUGUUAUGCAAAUUAAAAAAAACAACUUGCCAAAUAAACGAGAAACAAUUUUUC